GAAGGAGGAGGGAGGAUCACUGUGGAGGUUUGUCCGUGGAGCUACCACAUACACGACAGGCACUUUUACCCGUUUAGUUUCACCUGUAGAAUAUUUUCCGCUCCCCGAUGACCGCCUCUAUGUCAGCCUGGAUUUGGAGUGAGAGGUUUUGGUUUCCAGAAAAUGUUACGUGGGUGGACCUAGAGCAUCCACCACCUGGAGUGGAGUAUCCACGACUGGGUCACAUACUACUCGCCUUACCGCUGGCUUUCGCAGUUCUGGUACUCAGGCUGAUUUUUGAAAGGCUAGUCGCCAAGCCCUGUGCCUACAUACUUCAGAUUCAGGCGGGACUGCGUCGACAAGCUCAGCCCAAUGCUGUCCUGGAGAGGGUGUAUCAGUCUAAAACGUGUCCGGAUUUGAGGCAAGUGGAAGGACUGUCCAAGCAGCUGGACUGGGAUGUCCGGAAAGUGCAGAGAUGGUUUCGCAUCCGACGAAACCAAGACAGACCUACUAUACAGAAAAAGUUUUGUGAGAGCAUGUGGCGUUUUACAUUUUACUUUGGGAUUUUCAUUUACGCCAUUUGCCAUCUGUGGGUGUCGCCUUGGAUGUGGGACACCAAACAGUUUUGGUACAACUAUCCCUUACAGCCUCUGAGUCCAGGACAGUACACCCACUAUGUAGCUGAGCUGGCUUUCUAUUGGUCCCUGAUGUUUUCCCAGUUCACGGACAUCAAACGUAAGGAUUUUCUCAUCAUGUUUGUCCACCACCUGGCCACCAUAAUCCUCAUCACAUCUUCCUAUGCCAACAACAUGGUCAGAGCUGGCACACUGGUCAUGUGUGUACACGAUGCAUCUGACAUCUUCUUGGAGGCAGCCAAGCUGGCCAACUACGCCAAAUACCAGAGGCUGUGUGAUGCCCUGUUUGUGGUGUUCAGCAUAAGCUUUUUCCUCACACGACUCGUCAUCUAUCCUUUCUGGAUUAUUCGCAGUGUCCUGUUUGAAAGCUGGGAGAUCAUAGGACCAUAUCAGGCCUGGUGGUUCCUCAAUGGUUUGCUGCUGGUCCUACAGGUUCUUCACAUCAUCUGGUUCUACCUCAUCGCACGCAUUGCUAUCAAAGCUGUAUUCAAGGGAAAGGUGUCAAAAGAUGACCGCAGUGACAUUGAGAGCAGCUCAGAUGAGGAGAUAAACUCCAAUUGCAGCAAAACCCUCAGUCACAUCCCAAAACCAAAGGACAAUGGAGAUGCAGGCAGUCUUAAUGGUGAAACUCAUGACCACUGAAUCCGUAAAAGGGAAUAGUUACCUUCAUUAUGGCAUCUGUUUACCUCCUGUGUGCCUUUUUUAAAUCCUUAACCUCCCUGGAAUACUUUCAGGGGGUCUGUGUUUAAAUGCAUAACUUCUGUCUAGUCACCACAAUGGAGUGAAGACUGGACACAGAGGAACUCGGUGUAUGGGAUAGAAACAAAAAAAGCAUUGUCUUACUUAAGUUUACACUGUAUCAGGUUUACAGCUGCUUUCUGUUUAAUAAGUAGACUAAAACAGAUUUUGCAACUCAUUUUCAUAAAUGUAAGAAGAUUUUAUUACUGAAAUGGUAAUAUAUUUUUAAGUUGCGAAAACAGCAGCGGAUUUGUUGUACAUAAUAUUACAUAAAGCCAUACACAGAAAUGUCUUAAUAAAUCCUUGCGUUAGUAACA